UCCACUUUUCACCCCUCUCCGCCUUGCGCUUCACAUCUCCCUCUCUCCGCCCUCAGCCGCCUUCUCUCUCUCUCUCUCUCUCUCUCCGGCGUCUCUCACUGUCGUUACUCCACUGUCUUCUUCGCCGACCAAAAAAGAAAAAAAAAGAAACCGAUCGUUUCGAAUGGUCGGAAUCCUGUUACCGUUUGGCGCCCAUUUGGUGAAAUAAGGCUUCUGCAAGGAGAGAACCGCGCAAAUUUCCCGUUUCUCUCUUUCAAAUUUGCAAUUGGUAGACAACUCCCUGCCUGUUUCACAGAACCUCUUUCCCUCAACACAGUUCAUGGCGAUGCUUUUUCUUUGUGAAUUUCUAUGAACUGAACUUCGCUCACGUUCGAGUUUUCGGAGAAAAAAAAGAAUUAAUUCUGUUUUCAGCUCUGGUUCCGGUGGUGUUCAAAUGGCAAACAGUAAGUAUGAGUACGUGAAGCUGUUUGAAGUUGAUGAUGAGGUGAUGCCGCCCAAUCUGAUCGUUGUUCGGGUUGAGGGUCUUGACUUUCCAAGGUUCUCUGAAGUUCAUGGAUUUGUGAAGCCAAAUGACGAAAAGGCUUUAGAAUUGAUGAAUUGUUGUGCAAUGGCCACAAUGGAAAUGUUUUCAGAUGUAGUAUUUUCAUAUGGAUUUAAUGACGAGUACAGUUUUAUCUUUAAGAAGACAUCCAAGUUCUACCAAAGGCGUGCCAGCAAAUUGUAUUCGCUCGUAGUAUCUUUCUUUACCUCAGUAUAUAUAACAAAAUGGCAAGAAGUCUUUCCUCAUAAGCACUUGAUAUUCCCUCCAUCAUUUCGUGCACGUGUAAUAUGCUGUGCUUCUAUAGAAGUUCUUCAAGCAUAUCUUGCAUGGAGACAACAAUUCUGUCAUGUCAAUAACUUGGACAAUACAUGCUUUUGGAAGCUGGUGGAAUGUGGGAAGACAGACAGGGAAGCCCAUGAUUUUCUGAAGGUUACAGAGAAGAAAGAGAAACAUGAGCUGCUUUUUCAAAAGUUCAAUAUUAACUAUGCAAAUCUUGAUGCAAUCUUUCGUCAAGGAUCCUGCAUUUUGACAACAAAGGUUGAAGAUAUUGUGAAGUACCAUGAAGAUGGCACUCCUGUUAAGAGAUUACGGAGAAAGGCGACCGUAAUUCAUUCACCAAAUAUUGCUGGACGAAGAUUUUGGAACGAACAUUCCAUUCUUUUAAAGGAGCUAGGUGCUUUCGCAACUGACAUUGACAAAAUAAAUCCAGAUUACGUUCGGUCAUUCCAAGUUGAGAACAAACUAAUGCCAUCUACAUGGAUAGUGAUAAGAAUAGACGGCUGUCAUUUCCACAGAUUUUCCGAAGUUCACGUGUUUGAAAAGCCAAACGAUGAGCACGCUUUGAACCUUAUGAAUUCAUGUGCAGUGGCUGUGAUGGAGAAACUUCCUGACUUGGUCUUCUCCUAUGGCGUUAGUGAUGAGUACAGCUUUGUUCUGAAGAAGGAUUCUCAAAUUUAUGGACGCCGAGCUAGUGAAUUAGUGUCCAUCAUUGUAUCAUUAUUUUCUUCCCUUUACGUAAUGAAAUGGAGCGAAUUCUUCCCACAUAAAGAGCUGAAGUACCCACCUUCUUUUGAUGGGCGUGCUGUUUGCUAUCCAUCACGUGAGAUCCUUCAGGACUAUCUAGCCUGGAGACAAGUUGAUUGUCACAUAAAUAAUCAGUACAAUACAUGUUUCUGGGAGCUCGUGAAGUCUGGAAAAAGUAAAAGUGAAGCUCAAGCUUACCUCAAGGGUACUCAAGCACCGGAGAAGGAACGCAUGCUUAACUUGCAAUUCAAUAUUUUAUAUAAUGAGUUACCCCUCAUGUUUCGUCAAGGUUCUUCCGCAUUCUGGGAGAAGGAAGAUGUUACAGCAGCGGUGGACAAAAAUCCAGAUGAUUCGGAGAUUUCCAAGAGAAAAGUUGUUGUUGUGCAUUCUAAUAUAAUUGAGCCUAGUUUUUGGGAAGAACAUCCAUGGAUACUAAACUAAGAAUCAUGGCUUAUUUAAGAAAGAUUAUUUCUUUUUGCAAGGAUAA